AUGCAAUCUCGAAUGAGAGAAGUAGAAGGGCUUCUAAAUUUGGCUUCAAAUGAUGAAAUUCGAGUUGUUGGCAUUUGUGGUACGGGUGGAGUAGGGAAGUCAACUCUUGUAAGAGUUCUCCAUGAUAGGAUCUCUCAACAUUUUGAUGCUUCUUAUUUGGUACUCAAUGCAAUUAAAUUUUAUGGGACCACGGGGCUAAGACAUCCCAAGCAAACGCUCAUACUUCUUGACUGUGUUGAUAUUAAGGAUAUUUGUCCAUUACUAGUCAUUGCUGUAAGAGAUAAAUGGUUAGGUGGAGGGAAUAGAAUUAUCAUAACAAGUAGAGAUGAAGGAGUGAUUAAAGUGUUUGAGAAGCAUGAUUUUUAUAGGGUUAAACUAUUUGUCAUUGCUGUAAGAGAUAAAUGGUUAGGUGGAGGGAAUAGAAUUAUCAUAACAAGUAGAGAUGAAGGAGUGAUUAAAGUGUUUGAGAAGCAUGAUUUUUAUAGGGUUAAACUAUUGAUCAAGGACGAAGCCCUUCUAUUAUUUUGUAGAAAGGCUUUCAAAUAUGAUUUGCCAAUGAUGGGUUAUGAGGAGCAAAUCGAUAGUGCACUCAAAUAUGCUAGUAGCCUUCCAUUAGCAAUGGCCACUCCUAAAGUUGAAGCAAUAGUUUUGGAACUAGAAGAUUCUCAAGGAAGUACAUUGAGGGCCAAAGGUUUGUCACGUAUGGACAAUCUUGAGGAGUUUGGUGAAAGAGAAAACAUUCGGCAAUCAUUUUCUCGGAAGAGGCAGAAGCUAUGUAGGCAAAAAGCUAUUUGA